AAGAGGCCGGUCUUGCAAUGCCUUUGAAUAAUUUACUUUUUGCCAGUUCCCCUUCAGAGUCAUACAAACAGGCAUGCUGAGCUGAAGGGAGCCACAACAGCCAUGGGCUGCACUGGGAGAUCUGAAAUCUGAUCACAUACAAUCUCCCUUUCCCUCUCUCUCCUUCUCUCUCUGAUUAUCUCUGUUGCAUACCUCUGUCUGUCUAUAUAGACAGACACACACAAACACAGAGAGGGAGGCAAGAACAGUAUCAGCCAAACAUCACCACCAAACAGAACACCUUAUCUCUUCUGGCUCGAUACACACAUACACGCACGCACACAGAGACACACACACACAGAGACUCACACGCAGAGGCAGGCAUACAAAAAUCUCUUUCUCUCCUGGCUUCCCCAGAAGAUUCUGCUGGCUGUUUUUCAUGGAGAAAGUCCAAGGAGAAAUGGAGAUUGAGAGAUGGGAAAGAAACGAAGAGAUGUCAGAUGCAGAGAAAAAGAUGAUCCAGGAGACAUGGAACACAGUGUACGCGAAGUGCGAGGACGUUGGGGUCUCUCUACUGAUCAGGUUUUUUGUCAACUUCCCAUCUGCCAAGCAUUACUUCAGCCAAUUCAAGCACAUGGAGGACCCACUAGAGAUGGAAAGGAGUCAGCAGCUGCGUAAACACGCCAGGCGGGUGAUGGGAGCUAUUAACAGUGUGGUGGAGAAUAUCUAUGAUUCAGAAAAAGUCGCCUCUGUUCUAGCAUUGGUGGGCAAGGCACACGCUGUCAAACACAAAGUUGAACCCGUCUAUUUCCAGAUUCUCCUUGGCGUUCUGCUUGAAGUGCUUGCAGAAGAAUAUACCAAUGAGUUCAGUCCUCCAGAGGUCCAGAGAGCCUGGGCAAAGAUGAAGAGCCUCAUCUGCACUCACGUGACGGCAGCGUACAAGGAGGUGGGCUGGGUGCAGUAUCCAAACUCCACCAUGAACCCCCAGGGGACGGCGGUGGCAGCAGCAGCCGGAGCAGCAGCAAAGUGACAGAGCCCUUCCCACAGACCUGAAACGCUGUUUCUCAAAGAGGAAUAAACUGGCACCAGAACAAGAUAGCACCCAAGAGAACUACAUCUGUCUCCUUUAAUUAUCCCGUGUACAUAUUAGUGAGUGGAAGUGCUUUAUUGUUUCUAUAGCUAAGGCCAGCAAAGCUAUAGAACACCAGGUGUGCAUAAGCACUCUCCCCGAAGUAUAGGCAGGCAAAUUUAAAUCACGUACACUGUGACGGGGGGAGGGAAUGUCUUUAAUUUCCCCAGGGGGAAAAAGUUAAACCAAUCACGACUGUUAUAGUUCAUACACAUGUAUAGCUCUGGGGACUUACAGUGUUUGUUUGCCUUGCAGAGGACAUUCCAUCAAAUGACGCUGAGUUUGUUUGUUUCCAUCUUUUAUACUAAAGUGACAACAGAAAGCUCUAGUAUUUGAACUCUGCAAGUACUUUUGUGCCCAUAUACCACUUAUGCGUAACUUUGUGCCCUUGUUUCAUUCAAAACACUAGUGAUGUGUGUGCAUAAGUGCUUGCAGGAUCUAGGUCCAGAAUUGUAUCCGCAUGAUCCAUUCACAUCCUUUCAGGAUACAUCUGAUCACAGUAAACUUAGCCUAGAUUUUGAAAUCUUAACUAUGGGUCUGGUUCUAUUCUUGUCCAUCAUUUCCGCUUUUCUCUGCUGUUAACUCCUUUAGCCUGGAGUUUCUCUGGAAUUAUAUCAACAGUGUUUCCAAUUCUCACUGUUUUGUCGUGAGUCUUGUAUUACAAUCUAGUGUUUCCUCCCCUUUACCAAUCCAACUCCAGGAGUCAUGAGAUUACAGGAGAGCCUUUCAAGGAGAUUUAGCCAAAGCCUGAAUAUGUAAAGCAAGUGCAACCAAAAAAACCAAAACAAAUGAUGUAUCGAAAGAAUAUAUCAUCAGUAUGUGCAUUUCUGGACAUCUACUGAUGCCUAAGAUAUUAUACUCGUGGAUAUGUGGGUGUGUGGGUACAGUUGAAGCAUGAGUUUUAGCUCGUUCUAAAGCUUGGCUUUAAGGCCCACUGAGUUCCAUAGGGCUUCCUUAUAAAAUAAGUGUGUAUGAAUGAGUCUUUGUUAUACAUUCAGGUUAUGAUCCCUAUUGGCAGUUAUAACUGAGUAAUUCUCAACAAACAAAACCACAGAAUUGUUAGCUACCACAUCUUUAAUAGGCACUUGAUCUGAAGGAAAAAAUAUGAAGUUUUUUUUUAAGGGACAGAAAUAAGCAUUGUUGUUCCAAAUGACUGGCUGGAUCCACACUGCCAUAUAAUGCAGUCAGAAUCCACAUUACAUGGUCAUUGUGGACCCAUAUAAUGAAGUUUAACGGCAUUGAAUUGCAUUUUAUGAGUCUACACACUGACCAUGUAAUGUAGGUUCAGAUUGCAUUAUAUGACAUUGUAGAUCCAGCUUGGGAAAUUGCUGCCUCUGAAGGCACAAGAAUAGGGAUAGUUUUUAAAAAUAUGGUGGAGUUUUGUUUUUGUUUUUUUUUUAAAAAAAUCUUUAUCAAAUGUACAUCAAUCAGCUGAAAAAAAUGUGUAUUUGCAUGGCACUUUCAAAAAAUUUAAAAUAGCAUUAUUCAAAACCUGUGAACUUAGAGGUUGAGAGCUGAAAGAGAUCUAGUAUUAAAUGAUAACCAUAUACCAUAAUCUCAAAGUGCUUUAAAAUUCAUUUUCAAAGCAGAAGAAAACAUUAUUUUUGGAAGAGAAAUUACACACAGAAUAACUGAGUAGCCUUUGAAGCAAUACUUUGGAAUUCAACUUUCCAGUCCCUGUGAGUUUCAGUUCAUAACAAUUCCUCUUGGCUGCUCUCACUUUUUUAAUGAUUGUGGGAAAGGCCUGACUGUUAUAUUUCAUUUAUAUUUCAUACGUAGAAUCAACUCUCUCUUGCUCGCUUUGUUUUUCUCUCUCAAUAACUAAAUUGAUUUUAUUAUAAAUGAGGAACAGACACGCAUAAAAGAAAAACAAAUAUACUGCACUGUACGUGCAUUAUUUCUCUGUGGAAAGCCACAGAUGGGAAAUUAAAAACAGUGGAAGGAAGCAGAGUUUGUACCACCAGAGCGUAGAAUUGAGUGGUUAGCAGAAGAUGCCGCUCUUUCCUGACUCCCAUCCAUUUAACUCCAUUCUUCCCAAGCCUGUUUUAAAUGGUAAGGGUCCCUUGGGGCAGGAAGCUGUUCAUUAUUUGGAUUGUCUGUUAAUAGCCAUGCACAAAAAAAUGGCACUGUGUAAAAAAUAAAUAUUAAUACAUAUUAUUUACCUGUGUAUUUUAUAAAAUAGGCUUUUGGUGCUAUGAAAAGUGAUUUGUGAAUGUUUCUUCCUAAUCAUACUAAAUCCUCUUGUUUACUCUCCAACGUACUGGCUGAUCCCUAUUGUAAUUCUCCUCUGUAUUAUUUGUAUGACUUAUGUAUGCUGUCAAUAUGCUGUCUUGUGGUUUUCUUUAAUCUUUAUACAUCUGUUCCUUGUUAUGAGUGUCA